AAGAAGGCCGCAGAGAAGAAGGAUGCGGAGAAGAAGGAUGCGGAGAAGAAGGAUGCGGAGAAGAAGGACCAAUCAACUCUGAGCGAAUUAGCAAGUCUCAUGACACAAGUAUUGGAUGUUCUCCAGAAAUCCACCAUUGCGUCAAAGAGCGACGAGGACCCUCGUUCUCGUUUCUGGGGGGUGUACAAAAGAGUCGCGGAGGAGCACGAUGGCGAGUUCCUUGACCUCUAUACCAGCGACAUGGACAUUGUCUUGGUCUUCUCUGGUCUUUUCUCCGCUGUCAGCACGUCUUUUAUUGUGGCGAUGGAGUCCAAUCUCAAUCCCAACCCCAGCGACGCUACGAAUGCCCUUCUAACACAACUCGUACAAAUCGGACUUGGGAACCUCACUGCAGCGGGUUCUGCAGCCGCAGCUCCAGCAUCUACGUGGUCGCCGUCGCCGACGACUGUAUGGAUCCAAAUGAUCGCACACGCAAGCUUGUCCAUGAGCUUGCUCGCUGCUUUCGGAGCCGUGCUGGGAAAGCAGUGGCUCGGGUACUACAAGUCGAAUAGAUACGGUCGUGGGUCGCAGGAGGAACGAGGAUCGCGCAGACAAGACAAGUUCGACGGCCUCAUGGCAUGGUAUUUCAUUGCUGUCGUGCAAUCCUUUCCGGUCUUACUUCAGAUCUCCCUUCUUCUGUUCGGGAUUGCCCUCAGCGCCAAUUUGUGGACCCAGCAGUCGAGCAUCGCCUGGGUCAUCAUUGCGACAACGGCGUUCGGAUUUCUGUUUUAUUCGCUGACCGUGAUGGCGUGUUUGAUAUCUCCCUCCUGUCCAUUUCAAACGCCGAUAUCGACGAUAUUGCGCUUGUUGCGCGUCGACAGAGUUUUACUCUUAAUAUUUAAACCAGCCUUCGGUGUGCUGCGGCGACUGAUUGACACCGUCGGAUCGAGAUGGAAGCAAUUGUUGAGAGACCCUAUACGUGCGGUCGGCGCAUCUGCAUGGCAAUCUCUUCAGAAGUUGUUCACCCUUUAUAACGGACUGCGUUCUGUGGUUCUGCGCUCCCUGACAAAGGUCGCGGACCCGGAAAGACAAUCGCCCGACCAAAACCUGGACAUUUUGGCGGAGAAUGAACGCACCCUUACUCUCAACCUCCCUGACAAACCCACUGCCGGUCUGGAAGCACCUAGCAUCAAGU